CCUACUUUGGACGCAAUGCCGGAAACGCCUGACAAUGAUAAUGACACACGAGUUGCUGAACUCAUGAAGGAGAACGCCGUCUUGCACAAGCGGCUCACCCAGGCAUUGCUGAACAACGAAAUUUCCGAUGCGUCCACGAAGUCCACGCUGCAGGAUCUGGAGGAGGCACGCGGAGCAGUGUCGCGACUCACAGCACAGAAUGCGCGUGCGGUCGGUUUGGACUCGAGGCUUACGGCGCUCUUUCGCGAGAAUGAGGAUGUGCGGCAAGAACGUGACAGUGAGGCACAACGCGCGAAGUUAGCAGAGGCGCGUUUGGCAGCUUUAAAGGACCGGACAGACAAGCUGCAGGCUGAAGUCAAACGCUUGCAGAAUGAUCUGAACAGUCGCAGACUGCACAGACUUGAAUCGUCUGAAUCGCUCCUACAGCAUGCUCGGUCUCGCAUCGAGGAACUUCAUCAACAGCGUAUCAGCAAAGUUGCUCUUCCCGAUAAUGCUGAGGUGAUGCAAGUGUUGGAGUCUUUAGUUGGGGACAAUGAAUUGUUGAAGGCCGACAACGAAGAGCUGCAACAGCUUCUCUCAGAAGCUCGGGAGGAUGUCGCGCAAUUACAGUCAGAGGUCGAAGAAUAUCGUGCAUCGAUGCCCAUACCAACACGAGGGUCGGCUUUAACUUGUUUUUUAAAGGUAUUAACUCAAUCGCGGAGGCGAACGAAUAGUGCGGAUCUUAGAACACGGCGCCAUUUCGAGCCUUUGACUCCUGAAACGGAAUCACGGCCUAUUUCACCCGACCCGAUCUCGGAAGAUCCAAACCACUCAACACUAACUCCACCCCAGAUAACUUAUCCUCCUUCACAAAUUAGCCAAGAUCUUGAUCAAGAGAACGAUGGUAGUUCGCUCUUUCAGAACCAUCGAUCCCGAGGAGUGCAAACCGAUCAAUGGACGGGCCCACCGUCUUCUGCCAACCUUGUUUCUUUCUACCCCGAUCAGAUAUCCGCGUCAUCACACGAAGGCCGAUCAGAGUCGUCUUCUCUGUUGGAUGGGCAGGGAUCUCAGCUGGCCGGUCUGCUGGAACGGGUUGCCCACUUACUCCAACGUCUAUCCCAGGCGGAUGCGCUCACGUUAAAGAAUCGUCUCAAACGUCAAAAUUUGAAGGGGGCAGAUGUCAAGCACUUAUCGCGGACGACGGUAGCUAAUAUUCUCUCGGAAAUGGCCAUUCUGAGGUCCCAGUAUCGCAUAUGGCUUGAAGACGACAAGUUGACACUCACAUGCAAUCGACGGGACCUCCGGGGCUUGUUCAAGAUUUUCAAGGAUGCUUUCGACGAGCUUGGACAGCUCAGAGUUACUCUCAAUGACGUCAUUCUUGAACCCUCUAUCGCAGAGAAAGUCAGCGAGAUGGCACUGGACCCAGCCAAGGCAGAGGCGAUGGAGAGGGAACGCAAGUCAGGACGCGGUUCUAGUUGGAUGACACCCUUUUCCAAAUUAUUCGGUUCUGUUCAGGCAAACCAAAAUACACCAUCCACAUCUCAAAUUGCGCCCAAGCGACCCACCAGCAGAGGGCAACCCGGUGAUGGCCGUCAACUUCGGCCCGCGCUGAAGAUGGCUCCAGCAUUGGCCGCGACGACUACCACGGUUAAUGUCGAGUUCUCGGGAGCUGGUGUUGGGAAAUCUACGACGAGCACUUCUCAAAUAGAUAGUCCUGCUGUGGUUCCUGCACCUUCCCUUCCUUCUCGCAUGUCAACCAUGCCGCCAUCACAAAGUAUCAUGGGUAUCUUCGCAGGGGCGCCCAAAGGCGAGGACGACCCGUGGGUUGUGCUUCCACGUGGUCCUCGUCGAGCUGUCUCAGCUGUUGUCCCCUCCGAAGCUACUGAAAGCAGCACGAGCACUGCUGCAGCCACAGCUACGAUCGGCCGGGCAUCACUUCGAAGACGUCCAGGACUAGGACUCUCCCGCGGCCUCGAUGCUGUUCUCGACAAUGAGUCUAUCCUCAACAUGGAGCGGGGUGAAUCACCAGCAGCAGAGCAUAGGGAAGAGGAUGAUUUACCGGGCCCAUUACCCCAGCGUGCGCUCCGCCGGAAGGGUCUGUCAGAUUCAUCCAUCCAUUCGACAUUCAUGAGCCAAGCAGAGGAGUCGCAGCCACAGGAAACCGUUGACGACCUGCCUGGCCGUGGCUCGGUUUUCCGCACGCUUUCGCGGACGAUGCAGAGCUUCAGACUCGCCGCAUCACAGUCGAUAGGAAAUAUGUCAGUGGCUACCGCAGAAGUUCCACCCAGCACCGGCAGUGCAGCGCCUCCCCCAAGCGCCAUUUCUCCUUUCUCCGAGUCACCCCCACCCCCGGCACCAUCGCCACCUCAUUCAGCCGGUGCGACUGGUUCAACAACUGCAGCAGAGCGAGGACGCAAAGAUGGCCUCAAUGUGCCACGGACUGGGCCGGCCCCAGUGGCGACGCGCACCUCCUCGCCCAUCGCGAACCUAGUUCCCAACCUGACUUCAUGGGCCGCCGCUGGCGCCGCGCUCGAGUCGGAAAGUAGUGCGCCCAUGUACUUCGGUACCUUCCGAGACGAGGCCAUGCUCCAUCGUCGAAUGGAUCGGGAUGGGCAGGACGACCAUGGCAUUUAGUAACCUCCCGGAUUGGCUGGUCCAUUAAUCUUGAUUUGUUUCAUUGGAUAUUUGCGUUUCUUGCUUUUUCAGUGUUUUCAUAGGUUUAUUUUUCUCCCUCACGGCCUGCUAGCGUACCCACAUUUCCUAGUAUUUGAUUUAUGUAUCUACUAUAGAUGGUUUUGGUUUAUGUUG